AUGCUUUGGUCCUGGACAGACGCAGCGCCCGCGGCGGAGAUGGCGCCGAGAGAGCAAGCGCUCAGAGCGAAGGAGCAAGCGCUCAGAGCGAAGGAGGCGGCGUUCGCCAAGAAGGAGGAGGCAGCGGCGCGCGCCGCUACACAGCGGGAAAAGCGUGAGCAAGAAGAGGAUGAGCGCGUCGAAGCCGCAGCUGUUAAUGCGGCGGAGAAGGUGGUUCAGGACCUGGACUACAUCGACACAUCUGGGCACGAGGUGAAGCCGAAGAAGGGAGAGGUCUGGACCCAGUUGCAGUCAAGGAUGGUCCUCAUGCUACUCUUUAACCUCCGCAAGAUUGGCCACGACAAGGUCAGGCGCGUCAACAACCACUGGUGGGAUCACCGCCAGUUGUACGAGACCACCGCCGCGGGGCGAGGCAAUACGGUAAAGGAGGAUGAUGGGCGACGCCGCCUCGCCGAAGUACAAGCAGAUAAACUUCGCGAGUUCAUCAACGACGAGCACAAGGCCGGUCGUCAAGUCUUUCGCCGCACGGUGGCAGAAUGCAUGCACAGGACUUGCAACAUAGAGCAGCCGUCCAACCGUUCGGUAGGAGGGCUGCUGAGUAGGCUCGGCUACAAGCGUCGUGGAGUCAGGAUCAAAACGCCGCCGUUGAAUGCCGAAAAACUUGCUCGCAUUCGUCGGUUUUUUGUUGAGAUGGACAUGGCAAAGAGGGCAGAGGAUGCUGAGUUAGCAGUCAUCGUGUGCAUGGAUGAGAGUUUGUCCACCAGGCUCAUUGAUGGGAUUGGUCGCACAACGGGGAAAGGCUUGCACAUGAUCAUGGUGCAUGCAAUCACGAAGUGGGGGCCGUUGGCUAUGUUUUGUGAUGGGUUUCCGAUCGAAGAGGGUUGGUUCAAGGAAACGGGUAGCGGCAAGAAGGAAAUGGAAGAUGAGACAGCAGAGUUUCUGUGGCAGGCUAAUCCUGCGAACAAUGCGAUCCCUGAGUUCGAAGGCAAGCAGAUGAUUCUUGUUCUUGACAACGCCUCAUACCACCUUGGAUGUAACGCGGAAGUCAAAGUGCCGGAAACCAACACCAAGAAGCACAAUGUCGAUCUGUUGCGUACGGUUGGGGCCAAGUCGAUCAGGGUAAAGGAGGGGGAACAGGGCGUUGUUGCGCACAACUUCGAGGUACCAACAGAGCCUGGUUCCUCAUUCCCUGCAGGGAACAGAGAGGGCGGUGUAAGCAGAGCGGAGGUAGCAACGGCCACUCGGGAGAACAUCCGCCUCAAUCACCCUGAAAGGCUCGAGAAACGGGUGUUGACAUUCAUGAAGAACAAGGGGUGGGCAUUGAUUUGGACGCCGCCCUACAUGCCAUCCUUACAACCGAUCGAGCUUUUUUGGCAGCAUGGCAAGCAGUACGUCAGCGUUACCUUUGAGUUGAAGCGAAAGAUGCGGGAGGUGUGGGUGCAGAUUGUCAAGGUUGGUACGGGGACAAGGAAUGGCCAGGCCAGGAGGGGGGGUAGAAGGCAGCCAAUUCUUCGAAGUUGGUUGAACACGCCAUUGGGGAGAUUAAUUAAGUGGGUCAAGGAUCGUGAUGGAGUGCUUUCUGGUACGAUAGGCAACCUAAACAAAACGAAUGGGUGCGACAAGGAAAGCGCAGAAUGGGGUGAUGGCAGCGACGAGGUUGAACCACGAUAA